AUGGAUCCAGACCCGUUCAGACAUCUCGAAUUCUUUUCCAUGCCCAAUAGUCAGACAGUUAAUCCCGUCGACCAAGCCUUCUUGUCGGCGUCGUCAGCCCCGGCAUCCUCAAUAUGGGAUACAUCAGGGCUAAAUGCUGACGGCGGCCUUGCUGUGUCGCCUAUGUCACCCAAUUUAUCUUCGGCAUCACGCCCCUCGGCACAUGGCGGCCAGCAUAGGCCCGUUCUACCCGCUCGCGCACCAAGAAAGAGGGAAGGACACGAGAGGAAACGGUCUCGAUUAAGUACAGAUUCAACUCCUCUUGAUUCUGUUGAUUAUUGGAUCGAUUUCGACAAGGACGAUAGUCUUGGCAGCAUACCUGAAGGUAUGGAGGCGCCCAGGCCAGAUGUCGAAGGGAAGGACAAAUCCCCCACGGCACGCCGACGCACGAAUCCCGCCCCCCAGCCUCCGCCACUGACAAAGGAGGAAGUUGUUGACGAUAGUGCGCUGGACAAUGCGCUAUCGGAUGACGACGAGGGAUUCUCGUCGCUCAACCUCGCCGACCACCUUUCUAAGAUUGACUCCGCACCACCACAGGAGGUCCCACCGCGGGAAGGUCUUUAUUCAACGCCGCUAAGCUGGGAAAGACCGCAGCCAGGCGGACGUUUAGACUCGCUGACCGGUCUACACAGUCCAGCCCUAGACGAGGCUGAACAGAGGAGACUAAUCGCCAUUGCCAUGAACCCUGGGCCAAGUAUGGGAGGACUUGGAGCAAGUAUAAGUUCGAAUUUUGGCGGGCUAAGUCCGGGGGUGAAUCCGGUGUUUGGAGCCGGCUUAGGGAGCAGCUGCAGCACGACUCAGGGGCCGAAGCCUGUAUCACCACCGCAGGCACCAACAGCGCAUCCCCGUCCGGCAGGGCCUAAUCCUCCGAAACGGCAAGGAAGCAUGAGUGAAAAAGGCAAGGAGAAACCGAAGACGGGAGAUCGGACGGCACAUAACGAUAUUGAGCGCAAGUAUCGGACAAAUCUGAAGGACAAGAUAUCCGAGCUGAGGGAUGCGAUCCCUUCCCUCAGAACUAUUUCAGAGAACGGCGGCGAGGAAGAUGGGACACAGCCGUCUAGGGCGCCCAAAGCCAGCAAGGGGACGGUCCUCACAAAAGCAACCGAGUAUAUACACUGGCUCGAGCGGCGCAACAAACAGAUCGCACAGGAACAUCGAGAGCUCUCACGGAGACUCCAGGCAUUUGAACAACUUCUCAACGCGACAGCACGGUCACAAUACACCAUGCCGACCUACAGCACGACCUUGUUCGAUCCCAGAGGGUUCUGUUAG